AUGGCUGCAGAAAACACAAGCUUGUUUCCUUAUCAGAAGUGCUUGAUGGUUGCCCUCUCCGACAAGGAAACCCAGCUACAGUUAAGAGACAUCACCAACUAUGUCAUCAUCCCUGCUCAAAUACUGGUGAUCUUUGUGUCACUCGUUUGUAACGCAUUUGUUGUUAUCACUGUAGCACACACCCAAUCCCUCCGGCAACACCCUCCACAAUUAAUGCUGAGCAGUUUGGCUAUCACUGAUGUAAUAUUUGCUUUGAACGCUCUCUAUGGAGUCAUACUAGUAUUAGCACACGAACACAAGUGUCCUAACAAUACAACCAACCCUCUCAUUGCUGGUGUGUCUAUACAAGCAACCCUCGGAAAUAUGGCAAUUAUCAGCAUAGACCGUUACUUAGCGGUGCGAAAGCUGUGGUGGUACCGUGCUCACAUGACUAAAUCUCGCGCCCUUAAGAUGAUAGGUCUCCCGUGGGUUGCAACUGUGGUAGUUGCAUCUUUGUUGUACCUAGAAAGCUUGUCCGAUGGUCCAUUCCCUUUUGGCAAAAUCAUUGCUUUUUUGUUUUAUUUUCUUUGCAUAUUUUGUACAAUCUUCUCUCAUAUUUUCUUGUUCUGUAACAAGACGCCCCCCCGAGGAAGUUAUUAA